UCCAAAAUGAAAAAAAAGAAAAAAGUUUUUCUUCUAAAGUUGUUUAAGGUUCUUGUGUCUUUGAUAGAGAGUGUGAGUGUGUGUGUGUGUGUGUGAUUCACCCUCUCAUCAAACCUUGUUCGUGAAUCAUCGUCAAAUCUCGUGUUUUUUUCGGUUCUUUUCUCGGCUGUUUUUUUGGAAACGGUUGCGCGUAAAACGUGUCGCGCGCGCGUCUCCGCGUCUCUGCCGCGCUUCAAAAGAACCCGCCGCAGCUGAGGAUGAAGAAGUGAGUGUUGUUGGUGACAGAGUGAAGAUGAACGUGUCCUCCGUGUCCUCCGUGUCCUCCGUGUCCUCCGAGUCGCUCCUCUUCAUCUCCCUCAGCUUCUCCGUCAUCUUCGUGGUCGGAACCGCGGGGAACGCGCUGGUUCUGGCGGUUCUGCUGCGGGACGGACAGAUGAAGAAGAAGAGCACGAACCUGUUCAUCCUGAACCUCGCGCUCUCGGACCUGAGCUUCAUCCUGUGCUGCGUCCCCUUCCAGGCCACCGUCUACACUCUGGACCACUGGAUGUUCGGGGCCGCGCUCUGUAAGCUCGUGCACUUCAUCAUCUUCCUCACCAUGUUCUCCAGCGUCUUCACCCUCACUGCUGUGUCCCUGGACAGGUAUUUAGCCAUUUGUUACCCGCUCCGCUCCAGAGAGAUGAGGACGCCGAGGAACGCCGUCACCUCCAUCGGCCUGAUCUGGGCCUUGUCCCUGGUCUUCUCCGGUCCGUACAUCAGCUACUACGCUCAGAUGGACCUGGGCGGUAACGUGGUGUGUAUUCCCGCCUGGACGUCCAGACCCCGGGUCCUCGUGGACGUGUGCACCUUCGUCUUCGGCUACCUCGUCCCCGUGCUGGUGCUCGGCCUCACCUACGCCCGCACCAUCCGGUACCUGUGGACGAGCGUGGACGCGGUGAAGGACGUGUCCGAGUCUCGGCGCGCCAAGCGCAAGGUCACCAAGAUGAUCCUGAUCGUCACCGCCCUCUUCUGCGUCUGCUGGCUCCCCCAUCACCUCGUCAUCCUCUGCAUGUGGACGGGACGCUUCCCUCUCAACCACGCCACCUACGUCCUCCGCGUCCUCUCGCACCUGGUGGCGUACGCCAACUCCUGCCUCAACCCCGUCGUCUACGCCCUCGUCUCCAAACACUUCCGCAAAGGCUUCAGGAAGGUGUUCAGCUGCCGGCCCAGGAGGAGGAGGAGGAGGCGGGAGGAGGUCAACAAGGUGCACGUGGUCAGCAGCGUGGAGACGUCCAACUGACGGACGCAGGAGGAGGAGGCGGAGCCAAGUGAUCCCGUCCACAGUUUAUCACGGUGCUUCUGUGGAUUAAGAUUUAUAGAAAACACAGUUUAUCCAGAAAAGAAGGAAAUAAAAUCCUAGUUUGAGUUCGACUCGAGUCAGAGUCUCAUAAUAAUAAUAAUAAUGAGAUUUUACAAAAGAGUUUCCCCUAAACUUCGAUAUAAAGAUGAUAAACUAUUGUUUCCUGAAUCAUAAUCAUAGAACGCUUCGACGACUAUUAA